AUGGCUGACCCAUUUACUGUUGCAGUUUCGGUCGCUGGCCUCACGAGUCUUGGUAUACAACUUGCUCAGGGUCUCAAGAAAUAUGCCGAUUCAGCUAUCGAUUCCAAGGGUCGCGUUCAGGCCAUUUCCCUCGAGAUCGAACUUGCAGUCCAAGUCAUUAAAACUCUGGACUGUCCCAGUGUCAAGAAGAGGAAUAUGGCGAUGUGGCCCACCAUCGAGAAAAAAGUGGAACGUUCGAGAGAUGAUCUGGAAAAGAUCAAGCUCACGCUGCAGAUUCUCAUGAGCGUCAUGAUGUACGCAAAGAUGUUUGCAAGUACAACCGAUUCCGAAGAUGCCGCCCAGCAGCGCCUUGAAAUUCGAAGACUGCAAGAGGAGGAACGUGGCUCGACUUGCCACGUCGAGAUUUCAAGAUCCAGAGGUUAUUACGAUGCCUGA